UCCGGCAUCCCAGCCUGCCCCUCCACGCACGCUCCGGCUGGCUGGUGGAGCCCUGACUCCCUCCUUCCCUCUCCUCAGCUGCCUUUUGUAAUGUUUUAAUGGGGUUUCUUGCCUGGGUUUUGCUGACUUAAUUACAAAGCUGCAGUGAGUUGAUGCCUUGUGACGGUCUAAUCCCAACCCGGUGACUCUACAAAGCUUUUGCACAGUGAUCGUGCUGCUCCACUCCGGCCUCGCCGUUCGUGCAUCCAUCUCAGCCCCAGGCACUGACCCUCUGUGGACGGUUCAGCUUUUCCUCUCCCUGUGUCCUGCAGCCAACGGAGGACAGAGGACAACAUGUCUGCGGUUACGGGCACCUUCCGCAUCGUUUCGGAGGAGGAGCAGGCCCUGCGCACCAAGCUGGAGCGCCUCACCACCAAGGACCAUGGCCCCGUCUUCGGGAAGUGUGAGAAGAUCCCCCCGCACACCCUGCAGAAGGCGAAGGAUGAGCUGAACGAGACAGAGGAGCAGAGGGAGGUGGCGGUGAAGGCGCUGCGGGAGCUGGUGCAGGAGAGGGCGGGCGGCGAGGAGGUGUGCAAGGCGGUGGCUGAGAAGGUGCAGGGGAAGGACGACUCUUUCUUCCUCCGCUUCAUUCGUGCCCGCAAGUUUGACGUCCACAGGGCAUAUGACCUGCUGAAAGGCUACGUGAACUUCCGCCAGCAGUACCCCGAGCUCUUCGACAACCUGACCCCCGAGGCUGUGCGCAGCACCAUCGAAGCUGGCUACCCUGGCAUCCUGGCCAGCAGGGACAAGUACGGCCGGGUGGUGAUGCUCUUCAACAUCGAGAACUGGGAUUAUGAAGAGAUCACCUUUGAUGAGAUCCUUCGUGCCUAUUGCAUUAUCUUGGAGAAGCUGCUGGAAAAUGAAGAGACCCAGAUCAAUGGGUUCUGCAUCAUUGAGAACUUCAAGGGCUUCACCAUGCAGCAGGCAUCAGGGAUCAAACCCUCCGAGCUCAAGAAGAUGGUGGACAUGCUGCAGGACUCCUUCCCAGCACGUUUCAAGGCUGUCCACUUCAUCCACCAGCCUUGGUACUUCACCACCACCUACAAUGUGGUCAAACCGUUCCUGAAGAGCAAACUGCUGGAGAGGGUCUUUGUGCAUGGGGAGGAGCUGGAGUCUUUCUACCAGGAGAUUGAUGCUGACAUCUUGCCAGCAGACUUUGGUGGCAACCUGCCCAAGUAUGAUGGCAAAGCAACAGCAGAGAAACUCUUUGGGCCCCGCAUCGAGGCUGAAGACACGGCUCUCUAAACCAGGGUCUGAUCCCCCUCUCCCCUGUACAAUAGGAUCAGAGGUGGCCUUCUAACCCCAGCCACCUCCUUACUGUAGCACUGGUUUAAUGACUGCUUGUGAUGAGGCAUUCUGGCCGUAUUGCUCCAUGCCUGUCCCUCCUCUCCCCAAAUGAGGCAGCGGGCUGCCCAGCAGCUCUGCCCCUCCCAGGCAGAGCAUCCUUCCCUCGGGAGCCAGCAGAGGAAGGAGGCCACCAGCCCUCUCCCACAGCAUGCCCUGGCACUGCGGGGGGGAGGACAGGAGAGUGUCUGCUCUGGGAAGGGAGGGCUACAGCAAGGGAGAAAUAAAGCAUUUAACAGCAGAGCUCCAGGGUCCCUUGUGGCAUGUGGCAAGGAACAGGGAUGCAGCUUUUUGGUCACAGGCACUGGUUGCGCUGCUGGUUCUAAGGAGUGUCAGUGCUUGGUGGGAGAUCCCUGUCCCCCCGUUACAGACUGCCCUUUGGCACAGGGGCCAAGGAACCAGCCGUCUCCAUCCUCCCUGCAUCCCAGAAGGAGCGCCACCCCUGCCCAAGCAGAGACCCUAUCCUCAGCCAACUGCUCUAACCAGGAAAAAUAGCCCAAAAGAUGCAAACAAGAACCCGACCAGGGGCCUGGGGGGAGCUGGCUCUGCCUAAUUCCUGCUCAGCCAGGCAGGCAGGGAGGAGGAACGGAGGCUGUAGCAACCCCUAAGACCAGGAAAAAGAUUUUAACCACAGGACAGUGAAAGACAAGCAAAAUAUACUCUCCUAAAUCCUUCACAAGUGUCAGCAGUGCAGCUGUUUCCCCCAGCACUGCACUGGGAGAGGGAGCUCAGUCAGGGAAGUCCCACCAAAAGCCACUGUGGAGGGCAGAGAAGGGUCCUUGCCCAGCAAACCGUGCCCGAUGAUAAUGCUAAUUAGCCCUUGCUGAUGUGGAGUCAGCAAGACCUGGGUGGGGAGGAGGAGGCAGAAGUAGCUGUGUCCCAGGCGAGGCACUCCGUUCUGGCCCAUGAACCAGGCAUCUCCAAAGAGCUGAUCGGAUACCCAUUUCCAGACCAUCUUCUCCUCCCUUGGCCAGCAGUAAGGCUUGGAGAAGAGCAAGUUGCUGGUCUCUGCCCAAGUUACCUUCUUCUCUGUCAAGCUGGUCCUGCAGCAUGCCCUGUCGUGUCCCCCCCCACUUCCCUCUCAGCUCCACACGGGUGCCCUUCAUCAGCCAGAAGACCAGACUCCCACCCGAAGCCGGCCGAGGUGGAGGGCACUGACAAGAGCCGCAUUCAUCAGGGCACUGGCUCAGGCUCAAACCAAACAGGACAUCGGCUCCAAAGCUGCGGGAAGGAUGGGGCCUGUCUGGGCAGAGGCGACUGGGGUUAGAUCUGUUUUCUCCAGCCUCAGCCGCACAGCUAGCCCACGUAUGGCCAGUCCCAGCCCACGCCUGCACCAGCCUUGCGUGACAGCCCAGAGGGAGAGCGAAAGGCACCUCUCUGCUGCGUUUGGCUCCUUACUGUGCAGUACUCUCCAAGGGCCUGGGAAGCAUCUGGAGCUGUCCCAGGGAAACCACAUACAACAGCCCUACAACCAGUGCACACAACAGCACAGCUUGCUUGGGAGACAGAGCAAUUGCAGCUCUCUUGUAAACAAAAAAACCCAACAACAAAAAAAAAGACAAACACCCCCCACCCCCCAUACAGACACGGGAGCCCCACACUGCUGCCCUCUGGGAUUUGGACUGGGACAGUCACAGCUCUCAGGAGGUCCCUGUGGCUGAUCAGCACUGCUGGGACAAAUUGUCAGCCAGUAGCUUGUUUUGAUGGGGAGGCAUAGAACAGCACAGCAAAUGGAGCAAGGAGCAUGGUCCAUGCUGGCCUGUUUCCCCCCCGGAGUGACUCUGACCAAGCCAGGAAGGAGUUCUGAAGUAGAUAAAACAGCAAAUUGCAAUGGCCAAUAAACUAGAAAUGGAGCCCAAAA